AUGCAGAAACGAAAAAUUGCUAAACCAGUAACUAAAAUGAAUGCAUUCACGGAGCCUGGAGCUCUUGAUGUCAACGUAACAUCCGAUCUUCUCCGCUUCGUUGUAGCUGGAAGCGGUUUUGACAAUCUUGAAAUGGUCACGGCAUGGAAUGACAGCUACAGGACAGAACUACAACGCCUAUACGAUAUGUGGAAGGGAAAUAGAAGUGUUAAUGAGAUGUUUGAAUUUGUGUUUGAACAAAAUGGAUACUUAUGUAACCAUUUCUUCCACUCUUGCGCUAGCGGGCCACGUACAUUUGACUGCUGCGAAGUCUUCAAACCCACAUAUGCACUGUUAAGAGGCAGGUGCUUCCGGAUGGCUUAUGGUUAUAAUCAGACGGCUCCUGAUGAAGCUAGUAAACUCACUAUUCUCCUAAAUUAUGCGGGCGGCCGACUUGCGGGAAAAAAGAACAGGCCCGAAGUGGUCAUGUACCUAGGAGACUCUCAUCCACAAAUCGGAUUGUUUCCUAGAAUCUACUUGCAGUAUCGCUCCUGGAAUCGCAUCAGAUUGGCUAAAAAACGCUUUUCAAUGCUAUCAGAAAAUUCUCAAUGUUCUACCAAACUCCUAGAUCAAGAUAACGAAAUUUACUAUAGCGAACCACAAAUUUGA